UUUCCCAACAGCCUCCCUUGCCCUCAACCAGGAAGUCAGAGGCACCAGUGUGAGACUCCCUCACUGCCACUAGACACUGCCUGACCCAGAGGAACAGGGGAUGAUGAGCAGCUGCUAGAUGAUGAUGAGCCUGGGAAAGGGAGGCCGGGUGAGUAGAGGCAGAGGAGAAACGUCCACCUGCUGUGACUUCACAAGCACCCGGGCUGAGUUUUGAUAUGACAGGCUGAAAUCACUGGUGUGACAGCCUCAUCCCUCCAAGCUGAGACAGAAACAGACCAUGGUCAACCAAAGCUUUCCAGAAGGUUUCCUCCUUCUGGGUUUCUCAGAACACCCAGGGCUAGAAAAGAUUCUCUUCGUGGUUGUCUUAACUUCCUACCUCCUGACCCUGGGAGGCAACACAGUCAUCAUCCUGCUGUCUGUGCUGGACCCCAGGCUCCACUCCCCAAUGUACUUUUUCCUCUCCAACCUCUCCUUCUUGGACCUCUGCUUCACCACGAGUUGUGUCCCCCACAUGCCGAUCAACCUCUGAGGCCCAAAGAAGAACAUCAGCUUCCUGGGCUGCUCCAUCCAACUCUUCAUCUUCCUGUCCCUGGGGACCACUGAGUGCAUUCUCCUGACAGUGAUCGCCUUUGACCGCUAUGUGGCUGUCGGCCAGCCCCUUCACUAUGCCACCAUCACCCACCCCCGCCUGUGCUGGCAGCUGGCUUCUGUGGCCUGGGCCAUUGGGCUAGUGAAAUCGGUGGUCCAGACCCUGCCUACCCUCUGUCUGCCCUUCUGCUCCCACCGGCAGGUGGAUGAUUUUGUCUGUGAGGUCCUAGCUCUAAUUCGACUCUCUUGUGGGGACACCACCUACAAUGAGAUCCAGAUGGCCAUUGCCAGUGUCUUCAUCUUGGUUGUGCCUCUCAGUCUCAUCCUUGUCUCUUACGGUGCCAUUGCCUGGGCAGUGCUGAGGAUUAAAUCUGCAAAAGGAUGGAGGAAAGCUUUUGGGAUCUGUUCCUCUCAUCUCAUUGUGGUCACCCUCUUCUACAGCUCAGUCAUUGCUGUCUACCUCUAGCCCAAAAGUCCUUAUGCUCAAGAAAGGGGCGAGUUCUUUGGUCUCUUCUAUGCAGUGGGCACUCCUUCACUCAACGCUAUCAUAUACACUCUGAGGAACAAGGACUUAAAGAGAGCUUUCAGGAGCUUACUGUGGAAGAAUGGGGAGUGCAGGGAGAAUUGA